GGCGCGCGCGCUGGCCCGGCAGCAUGGCGGCGGCGGGCGCCCCUCCGCCGGGUCCGCCGCAGCCACCUCCGCCGCCGGCGCCCGAGGAGUCGUCGGAUAGCGAGCCCGAGGCGGAGCCCGGUUCCCCACAGAAGCUCAUCCGCAAGGUGUCCACGUCGGGCCAGAUCCGCCAGAAGACUGUCAUCAAGGAGGGGAUGCUGACCAAGCAGAACAAUUCAUUCCAGCGAUCAAAAAGGAGAUACUUUAAGCUUCGUGGGCGAACACUGUACUAUGCCAAAACUGCAAAGUCAAUCAUAUUUGAUGAGGUGGACCUGACGGAUGCCAGUGUAGCUGAAUCCAGCACCAAAAAUGUCAACAACAGUUUUACGGUCAUCACUCCCUGUAGGAAGCUCAUCUUGUGUGCUGAUAACAGAAAAGAAAUGGAAGACUGGAUUGCGGCACUCAAGACUGUCCAGAACAGGGAGCAUUUUGAGCCUACCCAGUAUAGCAUGGACCAUUUCUCAGGGAUGCACAACUGGUAUGCCUGUUCCCAUGCGCGACCAACCUACUGCAACGUGUGUCGUGAGGCACUGUCUGGCGUCACAUCCCAUGGGCUGUCCUGUGAAGUAUGCAAAUUUAAAGCCCACAAACGGUGUGCUGUGCGUGCAACCAAUAACUGCAAGUGGACCACCCUGGCCUCGAUUGGGAAGGACAUCAUUGAGGACGAGGAUGGGAUUGCCAUGCCCCACCAAUGGCUGGAAGGUAACUUGCCUGUGAGCGCCAAGUGCACCGUGUGUGACAAGACCUGUGGCAGUGUGCUGCGCCUGCAGGACUGGCGCUGCCUCUGGUGCAAGGCCAUGGUUCAUACUUCGUGUAAAGAAUCCUUGCUGACUAAGUGCCCACUCGGUCUAUGUAAGGUGUCAGUCAUCCCUCCCACGGCGCUCAACAGCAUUGACUCUGACGGGUUCUGGAAGGCCACCUGUCCUCCAUCUUGUACAAGCCCCCUGCUGGUCUUCGUCAAUUCCAAAAGUGGGGACAACCAGGGUGUGAAAUUCCUCAGAAGGUUCAAGCAGCUGCUGAACCCUGCCCAGGUCUUUGACCUCAUGAACGGAGGACCGCACCUCGGCUUACGCUUAUUCCAGAAGUUUGACACCUUCCGAAUUCUGGUUUGUGGUGGGGAUGGCAGUGUUGGCUGGGUCCUCUCCGAAAUUGACAGCCUCAACCUUCAUAAACAGUGUCAGCUGGGAGUGCUGCCCCUGGGGACAGGAAACGACCUGGCCCGAGUACUUGGCUGGGGCUCAGCCUGUGACGAUGAUACCCAGCUUCCGCAGAUCCUGGCAAAGCUGGAGAGGGCCAGCACUAAGAUGCUGGACAGGUGGAGCAUCAUGGCGCACGAGACCAAACUCCCUCGGCAGGCCUCUUCCUCCACCGUCACUGAAGACCUCAGUGAGGAUUCCGAGGUACAGCAGAUUCUCUUCUAUGAAGACUCAGUCGCAGCCCAUCUUUCUAAAAUCCUGACCUCAGAUCAGCACUCAGUGGUCAUCUCAUCAGCCAAAGUGCUUUGCGAGACAGUGAAGGACUUUGUGGCUCGGGUGGGCAAGGCCUACGAGAAGACAACUGAGAACUCAGAGGAGUCAGAGGUCAUGGCCAAGAAGUGCUCUGUCCUGAAAGAGAAGUUGGACUCUCUCCUGAAGACCUUGGAUGAUGAGUCUCAGGCCUCGUCCUCUCUGCCCAACCCGCCCCCGACCAUUGCUGAGGAGGCUGAAGAUGGGGACGGGUCGGGCAGUGUCUGUGGCUCCACUGGGGACCGCCUGGUAGGCUCGGCAUGUCCUGCCCGGCCACAGAUCUUCCGGCCUCGGGAGCAGCUCAUGCUGAGAGCCAACAGCCUGAAGAAAGCGAUUCGCCAGAUCAUAGAACACACAGAGAAAGCUGUGGAUGAACAGAACGCCCAGACCCAGGAGCAGGCGGGCUUCGUGCUGGGCCUCCCCGAGGCAGAAGAGAAGAGGGACUCAAGGACAGAUGGCAGAGUGUGCCCACCACUGGCCCACAGCGAGAGCUGCGGGAUCCUCAAGGGGAGGAGCCACCGCAAAGCAUCCAGAUCCCCGUGUGAGAAGCUGAUGAGCAAAGGAGGUGUGUCCCUGGGCAGCUCUGCCUCUCUGCCUCCCCAGGCAGCAAGCCGGGAUGGCCUGCCUGCGCUGAGCACCAAGAUCCUGUUCCCAAGUGUUCGGGCCGGGAUGUCUGGUUCCUUGCCUGGGGGCUCUGUCAUCAGUCGCUUAUUAAUCAAUGCUGACCCCUUUAAUGCUGAACCAGAAAACCUGGAGUGCUACACGGAGAAGUGUGUCAUGAACAACUACUUUGGCAUCGGCCUGGACGCGAAGAUCUCCCUGGACUUCAACAACAAGCGCGACGAGCACCCGGAGAAGUGCAGGAGUCGGACCAAGAACAUGAUGUGGUAUGGAGUCCUGGGCACCAAGGAGCUGCUGCACAGAACCUACAGGAACCUGGAGCAGAAGGUCUUGCUGGAGUGUGAUGGUCGACCGAUUCCCCUCCCCAGUCUUCAGGGAAUUGCUGUCCUCAACAUUCCCAGCUAUGCUGGAGGGACCAACUUCUGGGGGGGCACCAAGGAGGAUGAUACUUUUGCAGCUCCAUCAUUUGAUGACAAGAUUUUGGAGGUGGUCGCCGUGUUUGGCAGCAUGCAGAUGGCUGUGUCUCGUGUAAUUAAGCUGCAGCACCAUCGAAUUGCCCAGUGUCGCACCGUGAAGAUAUCCAUCCUGGGGGACGAGGGGGUACCCGUGCAGGUGGACGGAGAGGCCUGGAUCCAGCCCCCUGGGUACAUUCGGAUUAUCCACAAGAACCGGGCGCAGACACUGACCAGAGACAGGGCCUUUGAGAACACGCUGAAGUCCUGGGAGGACAAGCAGAAGUGUGAGCUGUCCCGCCCACCGUCUUUCUCGCUGCACCCAGAGACCCUGCCUGAGGAGGAGGCCACCCACAUGGAUCAGUUUGGGCAGGCGGCGGGGGUCCUCAUCCACAGCAUUCGGGAGGUAGCUCAGUGCCACCGGGACGUGGAGCAGGAACUCGCUCAUGCUGUCAACGCCAGCUCCAAGGCCAUGGACCGAGUGUAUGGCAAGCCCAGAGUUGCCGAGGGACUGAACAGCAGCUUUGUCCUGGAGAUGGUGAAUAACAUCAGGGCUCUGCGCAGUGAGACGGAGCUGCUGUUGGCCGGGAGGAUGGCCCUGCAGCUGGACCCGCCUCAGAAGGAGCGGCUGGGUGCUGCUCUCGCCGAGAUGGACCGACAACUCGGGAAGCUGGCAGAUACGCCCUGGCUCUGCCAGCCCUCUGAGCCUGGUGACGAAGAGAAUGUGAUGUUGGAUCUUUCCAAACGCAGCCGCAGUGGUAAAUUCCGCCUUGUGACCAAAUUUAAAAAGGAGAAAAACAACAAGAACAAAGAAGCGUACAACAGCCUGGGAGCCCCGGUUCACCUCUGGGGGACAGAGGAGGUGGCUGCCUGGCUGGAGCACCUCAGUCUCUGUGAGUAUAAGGACAUCUUCACGCGGCACGACAUCCGGGGCUCUGAGCUCCUACACCUGGAGCGGAGGGACCUCAAGGACCUCGGCGUAACCAAAGUGGGCCACAUGAAGAGGAUCCUGUGUGGAAUCAAGGAACUGAGCCGGGGCUCUCCUGCCGCCGAGGCUUAGCCUCUGCCUUCUCGGCCUGCAUCCUCCGCGCCUCCUGCAACUGAGGCCCAGUGAGGACUGCCGCGCUGCAGCCUCUGGCCUCUCAUGGUGCUACUCCCUUUGUUAGUGACAGGAAGCCUCUCUGGACUCCCGUCCAUAACAGCCCCAGGAGUCCUGAACAUACCAACAUAGCUACCUUUGAAACACCGCCUUUCAGCUCAGAGUUCUUUGGGCAGAGCGUGUUAUACCCAGUCUGGGCUCUCGCUGACCUGUCGUGGGCCACAGGGACUCUGGUGAAGUCUGGUCACUCCUGCAGAAACUUGCCUAGGCCAUGUGCUUGGGUACCCCUGUGGGUCCCUCUCUGUGUGUCCUUUGUUGGCCACAUGGGUGGCACCAUCUCUGCCGCUGCUGUCUCAGAAGCAAGGUUUGGGUUCAGCCUGGGGUGGCUCUCUGUGCCUGACCGUCACAGUCGCCCUGCAGGCCGCCCCCUGCAGUCGCCCCGUUUGUUCAUAGGGCUGUUUCCUAACAAGGGCUGUGCCCUCUGCCAGGUUGAAAGGGGACAGACUUGUUUCUAGUCCUCUGCUUUCACCUGCUCCGAGGAGGAGGAAGGCGGAGUCCUCUUCACGCCAAGUCGGCGUUUGGUCCCGUUCCCGAGCUCAGGCCUGCGGUCCUCCUCUGCAUCCUCCUCUUAAACCCUGGGCGUGAACAUCGCUCCUGUCCACAGGACACCACAGGCCUCUGGAGUCCAGCCUGGAGCAGAGAGGGGCUGUGGGUCUGCGCUGGUUCGGCACUUCCGUGGGGGAGCAGCAGCCGGCAGGCUCAGGGGAGCUGCUGGGUUUCCAGGAGCACAUCCCCGGGUGGGCCGAGUCUCUGACCCUGGGGUAGCUUCUUGUCUCCUGUUGCCAGGCCUGGUGCCCCUGAAGGUUGUCUGCAGAGACUGGGGCAAAUCAAGUGGCUCCCUGGACUCUGACUCUGGGUCAGGACUUCAGCCCUGCCUCUCUUCUAUCCUGAACCUGGCUGGCAGUGACCAUGGGGAGCAGGGCUGAGUCCUCCCCUCAGUCACCAGGAUCAGAUGCUCCUGGUCCUCACUGCCACUGACACUGCCCUCUCCUGCCCUUUUUGAAGAUGGUUGUAUGGAAGCCCCCGGAGGGGCUUGUAAUGUGACCUGGAAAAGGUCUUAAGACGUAACAGCCCCCAUGUAAGGAGGGUCCCAGGCUGCAGCCGUGCACCCCGAAGAGAAGGCGGUGCUGUGAGCAUCUCCGGGCGCUGCCCAGCCCUUUAGUGGAGUCGCCCAUCUCAUGUGGGGAGCUGCUUGGGCCUGUCUAGAGAUGCCGGGCAGUCUGCGGGGUUUGGCGCCCUCGGGCACUCCCCCAGCGGUCCUUCUGGGGGCUGGGCUACUGCUGAGGGUGGCAUCAGCGUGCUUCCCACGGGCCUUGUCCCGGCCCAGUUCCACCGGUGGGGACACCUGGGUGGAGACCAAGCAUGGAUUCCGCCGCCUCCCUGAGGUGGUGCUGUGGGGACAGUGGUCAUCCAGCCCUGGGAGCCCCUUGAUUUCCAAGUGGGGAAGAGUAACAGCGGAGGUGACAAGUCCAAGCCUGUGGUAACUGCUGGUCCAGUCAGAGCAAGCCCUAGGUCAGACUGGACCUUAGGUGAGGAGGGGACACGAGGAGCAUCAGCUGACAGUGGCACUGGGGACAGCACUGGGUUGGGCUGGGGUGUGACGUCAGUGUUGUCGGUGACUGCACACUGCCUACACCGACACCCAUCUACUCCCAAGGGCAAGUGAGGCAUGCUGCGCGCCACGGGUCUGCCGGGGCACACGCGUGUGUGCCACACGCUUAGGGUGGAGGCCACAGCCCUCCUGGCCUCCCGAGUUGCGGUUCAGCUGCUCAGAGUCCCCGCCUCAGGGCGGAGUGUGUGUGUGUGGGGGGGAAGCCAAGGUCUAGAGCAAGGGCCUGGCCGCGGGUGGGGCUCGCCCCUUCCAUAUUUAUAAUCCUGAUUUAUGUGGUGGCCCGAAAGCAGCCGCCUCUUGUAUUGUUGUGUACAUAGCCCCGCGGAGCUGUAAAUACGUUGUUGUGUGUAAAUAAACCAGCCUGUUUCCAUCUCCAUGGCAGAGAGCGCGUCUUCCUGUGCU